AGCUGGUCAGGUAGUUGGGAUGUCAGUUGGCUGAUUGGCCAGUUGGGCUAGUGGUCAGCUGGCCCAGUGGCUCUGAGUCCAGGGUCUCAAGCAGUGCCUGGGGUAGCAGUGAGGGACUGAGUCCCCUCCCUGGGGCUGAGUCCCCUCCCUGGGGUGACCGGUGGCCGCAGUCCCCUCCCCUCCACUUGCCACCCAGAAUGAUUAACCAGCCCUUCCGGCAGUCACCUCCAGGAGGGAACCCCUUGGCUGGGCAGCUCUGGGUGGAAAACUGGAGGAUUUGGGAACUUCAGCUGCUGGGAGGAGGGGGGAGCCCUGCCAUGCCUGGAGCCCCCACAUCCUGUCCCACACCUCUAGGGCUUUUCCAGCCAUGGCCUCCAGCGUGGGCAGCCUCGAGAGCCUGGACCUGCUGGAUCUCCUCUUCGACGUCCAGGACGGGAUCCUGCGCGAGGUGGAGCUGGGGACGCCGCCGGGAGCCUGGCCCCAGGACAGGCGUGCCCCGGACAGCAACGACUUCCUGAGCUCUGUCCUGGGCUCUGGGGACUCGGUGUCAGACUCGCCCAGCUGGUCCCCGGCCACCAGUGACAGCGGGGUGUCCGAGGACCCCCCCUCUGACCAGCACGACAGCCCCCCCCGGAGCUGUGACGGGGGUCCCCGAGAGGUCCCGUACCCCUACACCGACCCCUGCCCGGCCCAGCCCCCCCCGGCGGGGUGUGGGGUCCUGCAGCCCGAGGUCUCCAUCGACCUGGACAUGUGGCACCCUGGAUUCUUCCUGGAGGAGAGCCAGGAUCUGCCUGUGGUCCCCCCGCCUGCAUCCUGUGCCCUCACCGUCAAGGACCUGCUGCUCUCAGGCAGCUCUGACUAUCAGCCACAGGCUCCUGGCUCCCUGCUCCGGCCGAGCCAAGGCCACUUCCAGGAGCUGGUGCUGACAGAGGAUGAGAAGAAGCUGCUGUUGAAGGAGGGGGUGACCCUGCCCACACAGCUGCCCCUCACCAAGUACGAGGAGCGGGUGCUGAAGAAGAUCCGGAGGAAGAUCCGGAACAAGCAGUCGGCUCAGGAGAGCCGCAAGAAGAAGAAGGAAUACAUCGAUGGGCUGGAGAGCAGGAUGUCGGCGUGCACGGCUCAGAAUCAGGAGCUGCAGAGGAAAGUCCUGCACCUGGAGAAGCAGAACUCAUCCCUCCUGGAGCAGCUGAAGAAGCUGCAGGCCAUGGUGGUUCAGUCGAGCAACAAGGCAGCACAGACAGGGACCUGCCUGGCGGUCCUGCUGCUCUCCUUCACCCUCAUUGUCUUCCCCUCAAUCAGCCCCUUCGCCCCCAGCAAGGCCGAGGCAAACGGUGACUUCAGGCCCGUGCGAGUUUUCUCCAGGUCCCUGCACAAUGCCGCCGCCUCCCGCGUGGUUCACACCCAGCCCCAGGCCGGGGAUGAGAAGCCCCCGGAGCCGCUGUGGUCGGAGCCCCUGCACGAGACCCCCGAGACCCUGCACGAGGCUUUCCAGGGCACGUUCCCAGCACUCCCGGCCAAAGGGUCCCUCCAGAACGACACACGGGCAUCGGCCCCCGAGGGGCUGAGCCACGAGGACGGGCAGCACGCCGAUGCUGUGCCAGGGGAUGGCUCCGUGCCACACCCGGGGCUGGCAUCCCUGGCGUGGUCCGAGCCCGGGCACGGCCGGCCCGUGGUGCUGGAGCCGGCAGAGGAGCUUUAGGCAGAGCAGGGAGCACGGGGGUGCCACGGGGUGACAGCACCUCGUCCCCUACAGGACACGCCCUCGGGGGGACCCCUCCGGGAUCUGCCUCCGGAUGCUGGACCUGCUUGGCUUUGCUUGGAUUCUGUGAACUGGGAAGAGGAGACCGGUUCCCACUGGCCUUACUGGGAGGAAAGGGGCUGCUCCUGCCCGUCUGGCACAGUGGGAGUUGUGGAAAGGACCUGAGGUCACUCAGGAUGGGGCUGAGGAAGCAGGAGGAGCCCUGGCCUGGUUGGCUGCUGAUGGUGCAACUGGUUGGUUUCGCUCUUGGUUUUUUUUUUGGUUUUUGGUUUAAGAAUUUUAUUUUCAUCUCUAAAUAUAAGAUAUUUUGGAAAAAAAUGCACCUGCUGUAGUUUAAGAGGGGGUGAUCCACAAGGUUUCAAGGAGCCCUGGGCCAGGGGGACCUCAAGCCCAGCUGCCAUGAGGGGCCCAGAAGUGGGGGGACACAUGGCCAUGCCCAGGCUGGAGCUGGGGCCAGGGCACCCUCCCACAGCUCCCAGCCCUGAGUCCAACUGGGAUCCAGCCAGCACCAGUCCCCUUCCAUGACCAAGUGACAUGGAAUUACAGAGUCAUGGAAUGGUUUGGGUUGGAAGGGAUCUUAAAGCUCAUCCAGUGCCACCCCUGCCAUGGGCAGGGACACCUUCCACUGUCCCAAGGUGCUCCAAGUCUCAU